AUGUCGUGCCCCCGUCCGGUGGACGCCACCUCGUCGUCGAUUCUUGCUACUCUUCGUCUACUGCCAUCGACAUCUUCUGGUUCUGAUUCCAAACCGUCACCUUAUCAGAAUUGCUCAUGUCUUGAUAUGGAAAUCAUUGUGGCUGCGGAAUUCGACGUGUUCCUCUACUGCGAGCCGUUUCCAUUUCAACAUCCUCUCUACACUCAAAUCAUCUACAUCCUACUAUUUAGCACCACUAUUUUACUAGCAUUAGUUGGAAAUUUUACUGUGAUAUGGAUCGUGUUGCGACAUCGUCGGAUGCGCACCGUCACUAAUUGCUAUCUUCUGAAUCUAGCCGUAGCGGAUGCGUCCAUUUCGAUACUGAACACCGGAUUUUCGUGGUCCUACAACUUUUACUACAUUUGGAAAUUGGGCUCGUUCUACUGUCGCUUUAACAACAUGAUGGGUAUCACACCCAUUUGUGCCAGUGUAUUCACGAUGAUCGUUAUGAGCAUCGACAGGUAUUGGGCCAUCGUGCAUCCGAUGCGAAGCCGUCCCGGGAAACAUGCCACUGUUGCUGUGAUCUGUUUAAUUUGGAUCUUAGCCGUUAUAUGUGGUAUCCCAGCAUUCCUCACAUCAAAGGUUUCUGUUAAGUUGUCUUAUAAUUCUAAUGUGUCCUCAGAUCUAUGCAAAUUAACAAAUCUUGAGCUCAACUACUUCUUUGACGGUGAGACGCUCUUUGCCGACACUCUCUGCUUAACUGACAACUAUCCGGAUGGUAAUUCACAAACGUCGACGUUGGCAUCACUGCAAGCCAAUUAUAGGAAAAUGUGUUACAGAUAUAACAGUGGCUUGAUCACUGUACAGUACCUGCUUCCGUUGAUGAUUCUCACAUGUGCGUACUACCGUGUCGGUGUGGUCCUGCGAAGAAGCAAAGCCGUCGGCGAUUCAAGACAUGCGAAAUCGAUAGCAGCCAAAAAAAGGGUUAGAGUUUUUCUUUGUUCUCGUAGCAAUUAG